AGACGUGAUGAUAGUAUUAAUUUUCUCAUGAAUCCGGACGCGAAGAAAAUGAAUCCUGUCGCCUUUGGCGCACAGAAACUGCAACUGUUCGCCGAGUCUUUACCGAACCCUGUGUGCCAAAACGUGGACUUCAACGAAUUGACGAAACGUCUUGGUCGACCUCUGCAGAUUGUGAUAGACGCGGAAACCUCUCUCGAGAGCCUUGUCUCCGGCUUUGUAUCUGAUGAUCUCUGUGGCGGGCAAUGGUGUCGGACGUAUUUCAACGUGGCUCGUCUGGUUCAAGCGCUGCAAGGCACUCAACCGUUCCCUGUGAAUUUCGUCUUAGCUUUCGACGGACAAGUUGGAGCCAGACGAUUCGCCGAAUGGAAAGCAGAUCAACUUCAUCUUAGGAAAAACGUGGAAUGCGCAUUUAUUCAUAUCUCGAGACGAAGGACUCCUCCGCCGAAAGUCUGGGCCGUUCCUCCUGCUGGACUGAAGCUGUGUGUCCUGCAAAUCCUCCAUAGGUUGAAUGUUAGGGUUUUGUUCACUUCCGAAGAUCACUGCAAGGAAAUUUUUGACUUCGUCAAGAAGAACGGUUUCGACGGAAUAGUAGGCAGGAGCGGAGACUUCUUCGCGUUGUGUCCUGUUCGCUAUUUCUCCGGAAAGCAUAUCAAGGUUUGUCAUGAGAGUGGUGCUGUUGUGACGCAAGAGUUCAAUCGUGGCGAAUUUUGGAAAAAUUUGGGGGUCGGGAAGAACUCGGUUCCUGUGAUAAGCGCCUUGCUCAAAAGCCACCUGAAACACGAAGAAACGAUGGCAAAGUUCUUCAAGACCGUGUGUCCUGAACGGGUGGAUGAUGUGUCAGUUUUGAUGCCUGCAUUGGCCAAGUUCGCGUCCGAGAAGGCAGAUAGGAACUUUUCAGACGACAUUUUAGAUGAGAAGUGUGUCAAGAGUAUCGAACGAGCCAUCGAAUAUUUCGAAGUUCCGGAAAAGCAAGACGUGGAUAUUGACGUGGAUGACGUGAUUGUUGAGAAGGAGACUGAAGCGAAGAAAGACGUGCUGACUGCUAGAGAAGCAUUGAUUCCUCGGCUCCCAGCAAACUCGGGGCCUGCCAAAAUCCCUCCGUGUCACACUGACGUGAUGAAAAAGGCAAUGGAACUUCACUCUGUGGGCUUGAUGUCACCACAUGUACUUCAAGUGCUGCUGAAGGGAGAAGUCAGAGUUCCAGUAAUGAUGGAAUUGCCUGAUCACCCCGAGAUACCAAACUUUGGUUUGCUUUACCGCGAUUUGCGUCGUAUGGUUUAUGCUGUGUUAUUCAAUUACCACCAUCAUCAAUACACUUCCAUUCAGCGGAAACGGGAAAAAGAGGCCUUGAAAAAGGAAGGUGACGGAAAACGCAUGGAUUAUGUGGUGCCGCCAAUGCAAGUUCGAGAAUGGAUCUUUUCGGCUGUGAAUCCUUACAAGAAGGCUGAAGUUGUGGAACCAAGAAGCCUGGGCUGGCAAGUUCCAACUGUGCGACGCUUGUGGUUUGGGUAUAUUCUCACUGCCACUGCCCCACCGAUCAUCACUGUGAUUGAGCUGAAAGCUGUCCUGGUCACUGCCUUGUCACGACUUCUUGGAGAUCCCACGUAUCUCAGGCUUCUUCAGGCGCAGGACGUGUCAGUCAGAGGAGUUCAGUUGGCAGCCGUGAUCAAUUAU